CUAAAAAGGUACAGUCAUUCAGCAAAUCCACAUAACAAUAUGGCCGGACAGACCUCAGGAGUCCAAUUGGUGAUUUGCGAUAUUGCUUUUGGCAUGUUCAGCCUUGCACGUUCAAGUUGUUGAUAUGGUGUUUUUAGAAUGCAGUCUGUAGCACAGCCACUGGCUCUUGACUGCCCGAACUCAUCCAAUGAUUCGCUGAUAAGUUCCCACACAGUGACUCUCACUUCACCCUCUCCCAACUUCAUCAUGGCAAUAACCGUGUCCACUGUUUUGUAUCCACAGGUGACUGACAGAGAUUGGGGCUCGAGGAAUGGAUUGCGGCCUUUGAACACCACAAUUUCUUUCAAAGGCUCAGUGCCAGCUACCAGGAUUAGGUUGAUGGAUGUGCCGUUGAAGGUCUCAAUCACACUGCCGCAGGAAUGUGCUGGAAUAACCCCAGUGGUGAACUUAGGGCCUCUAGACUUUAUGUAUUGUGGCAGAAGUUUACUGUCAGUGCUCUGCUCACGUCAAGAGGAAAUGCAAAAGCUGAAGAUUCCCUUGCCUUUCUUACCCCUUCACCCGAGCUUCAAUCCCUACAAUACGCAGUCGUGGGUCAGGCUAAUGAAUAGUGUGCAGCGUUGGCUGCUCACUGAAGUCGUCAACAGGCAAUCUCUGGAAUGGGUGUGGGGUUGUGAGGCUUUUUGGAUGGCUUAUGUGGCGGCUUAUCCCGAGUUUCCUUACGGCAAAUGGACUCAUUGGAGCCCAAAGAUUUCCCCCAAAGGCUGUUUUUUGCAGGAUUGGUUAGCCAAGAGGGAUGCGGUAGUUUUGGGUGAGGAUACCUUGGUAUUUGGUGACAAUGCAGACUACAUAUCUGCAAGGUGUGCAAUCUGGGGGAGAUUGCAAGAACUGAUUUCUUUGGUUUACGAUAGGAGUAUUGUUGCUACCAGUACCUAGUUGAUUGUUCUCAUGUACUCUUUAUACCAUCAUGCAUUUGGUUGUUGCUUUCGCUGUUCCAAAAAAUAUAAUGUGUUCAUGAUUGUUAUUAUAUAU